AUGGGUUGUGUAGCUUAGAAGAAAAAAGUUGAGAAGUAAAUUUUUAGAAUGGAAACUUAAAUUAAGAAAUUAGUUUAAUAGAAUGAAGAAAUGACGAGUUAAAUAAAUUCAAUGAGAGAGUAGGAAUAGCUACUUUCAUAAAUUUGUGAAUAAAGAUCUGAAAGAUAAGUAUUGAUUUAAUAAUCUAUAGAGAAUAGAUUUAACUGCUUUGACAGACGAAUUAAAUACUCGAUUUGAAAAGAUGAGAAGCGAUUUAAAAUAAAUAGACACUAUUUGUGAGGAAUAAAAAUAAGCAAAAUUAAGAGAGAUGUUAGAAUGGAAGAAUGUAAGAAAUGUUUUUAUGAUGGUAGUUAUUUGAUAAAUUGGAUAAUGUCUCUAAAAAUAAUUUAUCUCAAAUAUCAGAGGAAGAUGAAUAUUGA